CCGGUCAGAGCAGAGCGCACGGGCGGCACGGAGCGGCACAGGCGCGUCACCGCAGUGUUUUACUCCAGUGUUUUACUCCAGUGUUUUACUCCAGUGUUUUACUCCAGUGUUUACACAACAGACCGCGCAGACACCGCGGAUCACGGACCUUACUGUUUUGGAUCAAACGCACCGGAUUUUACGGGCAUCGUGCGGAGCUUUACGGAAACCACCGCCCGUUUGUGGAGAUUACAGCGGGCCUGGGGUGUGGGCUGUCCGGGGAUCGACUCUUCGUGUCCGGGGAUCGACUCUUCGUGUCCGGGGAUCGGCUCGUUGUGUCCGGGGAUCGACUCUGAGUGUCCGGGGAUCGACUCUUCGUGUCCGGGGAUCGGCUCUGAGUGUCCGGGGAUCGGCUCUGAGUGUCCGGGGAUCGGCUCUGAGUGUCCGGGGAUCGGCUCUUCGUGUCCGGGGAUCGGCUCCGGGAUGCUGCUGUCUAAACUGAACUCCCUCGCCCCGCAUCUGUCCGUGGAGAUGCCGAAGAUCCAGCUCCAAGUUCACCCAGUGAAGGAGCGCGAGCCUUUCGAGAAGAUCUACACCGUCGGUUCGGUUCUGGGCAGCGGCGGAUUCGGAACCGUCUACUCCGGAACACGGAUCUGUGACGGAACACCGGUGGCGGUGAAACACGUGGCGAAGGAGCGAGUCACCGAGUGGGGAGAACUGCCGGGCGGGGCGCGCGUGCCCAUGGAGAUCGUGCUCCUGAAGAAGGUGGGCACGGGGUUCCGGGGCGUGGUGCGGAUGCUCGAUUGGUUCGAGCGUCCGGACAGUUUCAUCAUCGUGAUGGAGCGGCCGGAGCACGUCAAGGACCUGUUCGAUUACAUCACGGACAGGGGAGCCCUGCCGGAGGAGCUCGCCAGGGGGCUGUUCCGACAGGUGCUGGAGGCGGUGCGCCAUUGCCACAGCUGCGGCGUGGUCCACCGCGACCUGAAGGACGAGAACAUCCUGGUCGACCUGAGGACUGGAGAAACCAAACUCAUCGACUUCGGCUCCGGCGCUUUGCUCAAGGACACGAUCUACACCGACUUCGACGGCACACGUGUGUACAGUCCUCCUGAGUGGAUCCGGUACCACCGUUACCACGGGCGUUCGGCCGCCGUGUGGUCGCUCGGGGUGCUGCUCUACGACAUGGUGUGUGGCGACAUCCCGUUUGAACACGACGAGGAGAUCGUUAGAGCGCAACCGCCGUUCAGACGCACCAUCAGCGCCGAAUGCCAGCAGCUGAUUGGUUGGUGCCUAUCUCUCCGCCCAGCUGAUCGCCCCUCCCUCGAUGACAUCAUCAAACACCCGUGGAUGCAGCAGAGCGCCCCCUGUGGCCCCGAGAAGAACUGCACCGACAUCAUCCUGCACAGCCUGGCCCCCGAGAGUGCCCCCUGCUGAG